UAUCAUUUAAUGUAUGCUGCAGAUUAUUCUCAAAGGUUGAAUUAUAUUGAUAGUUUCAGAAACAUCACUUGAGAUGGCAGACCUACCAAGAAAAAGAGUCAGUACAUCUUACAAAAGAUAUAUCAAGGAGCACACUGGAAAAGAGGGUGUCCCACCAAGUUCUAAAAGAGCAUUCAUGGAAAGUUACAACAAGGUUAUUUCUCAUUUGCCUAGCUCUUCUGAUGUUGUUGAUAACACAAAGAGCCAGCAAACAGGGACUGAAUCAGUGUUAUUUGAAGAUGAGGGAGAGUCAUCUCAGUAUCAGUCUGCAGAUGAUGAUAUGAAUCGGCCUAGCUACCAUGCAACAAGUGAAGGUGAAGGUGGUAUUGGAGGAGCAACUCCGUUGCAGCAUGAUUCAACAUCAGGACAACAGUCACAUGUGCUAGAUGAAAUUGCAAGCAAGAUUCAGGAUUUUCAGGAAAUGAAGUACAGCAGUGAUGAUGAUGACAUGCAAGAAAUCAUUAUUCUGGAGGAUGACUUUCAUUCAACAUGUUCAAGCGAUGAAUUUGGUUUCGUUGAUGAUGAACUGUCAGAAGAGGAUUGCCAAAACAGUGAAGAUGAGGAUUUUAAUAUAGAGUCUGAUUUCAAUAGCUAUAUUUACAAGGGUUCACAGAUAACCUUAUCUGUCAGCAUACUACUGAUUCUGGCCUUUGCAACCGCGGCAUUCUCUUACAUCGGAUGGGAUAACUGA